AUGAGGAAUACGAGGAGGAGAUUACUACAGAGACAGAUAUACAGAUCAGAUGUGAGGGACGAUGACCAGUGUAAGGAGGACAUUCCUACAGAUAAGAGCCCAGAUGACUGUACUGGGAGCUCGGAGGGACAGUUGAUAUCUACAGUUUAUAAUGCAGAUGAUCCGGGUGUCACAUCAGAUACGUAUGAAGAUUGUGCCAUUAUUCCAGAUCUACCAUCCACCCUUCACAGCAAAACUCAGUCAUCUGAUCCUUUAAAACAAAUCCGGUCUUCUGAUUCAUCACAGACUGUUAACCAGAAUGCAGGCCACAAAAGGGGUGAGGGAGCCCAAAGAGCUCAGAAAGGGAAGAAGUCAUAUCCAUGUUCAGAAUGUGGGAAAUGUUUUACUCACAAAUCAAAACUUGAGAGGCAUCAAAUAGUUCACACUGGAGAGAAGCCGUAUUCAUGUUCAGAAUGUGGGAAAUGUUUUACUCAGAAAUCAAAUUUUAUAAACCAUCAGAGAAUUCACACAGGGGAAAAGCUGUAUCUAUGUUCAGAUUGUGGGCAUUGUUUUAUUCACAAAUCAGAAUUUGAGAGGCAUCAGAGAGUUCACACGGGAGAGAAGCCGUAUUCAUGUUCAGAAUGUGGGAAAUGUUUUGCUCAUAAAUUUUCUCUUGUUAACCAUCAAAGAAUUCACACAAGGGAGAAAGCGUAUUCAUGUUCAGACUGUGGGAAAUGUUUUGCUUACAAAUCAGAACUUGAGAGGCAUCAGAAAGUUCACACAGGGGAGAAAGCAUAUUCAUGUUCAGACUGUGGGAAAUGUUUUGCUCAUAAAUUUUCUCUUGUUAACCAUCAAAGAAUUCACACAAGGGAGAAAGCGUAUUCAUGUUCAGACUGUGGGAAAUGUUUUGCUUACAAAUCAGAACUUGAGAGGCAUCAGAAAGUUCACACAGGGGAGAAAGCAUAUUCAUGUUCAGACUGUGGGAAAUGUUUUGCUUACAAAUCGCACCUUGAGAGGCAUCAGAGAGUUCACACGGGAGAGACGACGUAUUCUUGUUCAGAGUGUGGGAAAUGUUUUACUCACAAAGCAGAACUUGAGAGGCAUCAGAGAGUUCACACGGGAUUAAAGCCGUAUUCAUGUUCAGAAUGUGGGAAAUGUUUUACUCAGAAAUCAGAUGUUGAGAAGCAUCAGAGAGUUCACACGGGAGAAAAGCCGUAUUCAUGUACAGAAUGUGGGAAAUGUUUUACUCACAAAUCAGAUGUUAAGAAGCAUCAGAGAGUUCACACUGGAGAGAAGCCAUAUUCAUGUUCAGAAUGUGAGAAAUGUUUUACCCAAAAAUUGUCUCUUCUUUUACAUCAAAGACUUCACACAGGGGAGAAGCUGUAUUCAUGUUCGGAAUGUGGAAAAUGUUUUACUACGAAAUUAUCUCUUGAGAGCCAUCAGAGAAUUCACACAGGGGUGAAGCCAUAUUCAUGUUCGGAAUGUGGGAAAUGUUUUUCUUAUAAAUCAUCUCUUGAGAGCCAUCAGGGAAUUCACAGAGGGGAGCUGUAUUCGUGUUCAGAAUGUGGUAAAUGUUUUACUAAGAAAUCAUCUCUUGAGAGCCAUCAGAGAAUUCACACAGGGGAGCUGUAUUCAUGUUCAGAAUGUGGUAAAUGUUUUACUAAGAAAUCAUCUCUUGAGAGCCAUCAGAGAAUUCACACAGGGGAGCUGUAUUCGUGUUCAGAAUGUGGUAAAUUUUUUAUUCAGAAAUCAUCUCUUGAGACCCAUCAGAGAAUUCACACAGGUGAGAAGCAAUAUAUUUGUUCAGAAUGUGAAGAGUGUUUUUCUAGAAAAUCCGCUCUUCUUUUACAUCAAAGACAUCAUAAAGGGGAGAAGCUGUAUUCAUGUUCGGAAUGUGGGAAAUGGUUUACUCAGAAAUCAUAUCUUAUUAAACAUCAGAGAAUUCACACAGGGGUGAAGGCAUAUUCAUGUUCAGAAUGUGGGAAAUGUUUUACUCAGAAAUCAUAUCUUCAGAAACAUCAGAAAGUUCACACAAAGGAGAAGCCGUAUUCAUGUUCAGAAUGUGGGAAAUGUUUUACUCGGAAAUACAAUCUUGAGAAACAUCAUCAAAUUUGCACAAAGAAGAAGCCGUAUUCAUGUUAAGGAUGUGAUUGAUAUUUCGUUAGAAAAUCAGAUCUUCAACAUCAAAGAUGUCACAUGGGAAAAAAAAUCUGUAGUCGUGUUAAGAAUGUUUAACUCAGAAAUAUAUUGUUGGGCAUUCAAAAAUUCCCACAGGAAAAGCCACUUUCAUGCAGGGAAAUAUUUUACUCGCAAAUUACGUUUUGAGAGAGAUCAAGAAUACACACAGGGGAGAAGCCGUAUUCCUGUCCAGAAUGUGGAAAAUGGUGGGCUCUGAAAUCCAAUCUUCACCAUGAAAGUCAUCAUACAGGGAAGAGGCCAUAAUUAUGUACGGCCUGUGGGAAAUGUUUUACUUGCCAAUCGGAUUGUGUUAAACAUCAGAGAAUGCACGUAGGGGAGAAGCAGUUUUAACCCCUUCAUAACACUUGCCAUACAUGUACGGCAGGUUUUGGGUAUUU